AUGAUAUCAAUAAGUAUCCUAAUUACAUUAUUAUCGAAUUCACCGUGCUUUGGAGUUCGUGACGUCAGUGCUGCCUGCUCUGAGUCAUGUGUGCUGUUGACCAAUGACAGUCUGGCCUGUGACGAGUUCAGUUCGGCGGACUUGCUAAUGUGUAAUGCAUUGUAUCCGGAGAUAAAGUAUCUUCAUUUGAACUGGUAUGAACUCUCCAACGAUGAUGAUUACAAACGAAAGUCCGUUUACAAAUUCAAAAAGUUGACCGACAUAUUCUUAGAGCCAGGCGGCCUGGCUCGCGAGGUGAUGGCGGGCCAUAAAAUCGUGCAGGACCAUGACUGGAGGUUAUUUGAUGCCAUGGAAUUGUACAGAGCGAUUAAAGUUCACCUCUACAUGAGACUUCUCGAAGGCAAUUGCUGCACAAGAUUGGACAACGUUAACGUUUUGAGGACAAUACUCAAGAAAGAAGACGUCGAAUCUCUUUUUGGUAACUGUCCCAAGGAAGCGUUAGAAAAUUGUUUGGAAACAAACAGCUUUGAUGAUCAGCCAAAAAUAGAAAAAAUGUUAAAUAAAGCUCUCAAAAACCAUUCUAUGUUUAUAAAGUUUUGCAAGAGUGGAAGAGAAACUGUGCUGAAGAGAGUAAAAAGGAACAGAAAAUCAAAAUUUGACGAUGAGCCAUUUCAAAGAGAUAUUAGAGAUCCGAAAUCUGAAAUAGUUACUAAAGGAAGCGCCGCAGAGGAUGCACUCCGUCACCAACUUCUCAUCUACCAGAUCCUCUCAAUCGUUUCACUUUCGGUUCUUCUGAUCACUUACAUCGUCCUGGCUGUUUACUAUGGUGUGACGAGGUCCACUAAAGUUUCUUACAACGACAGCAACAGAAAGGACAAUGCUAACGAACACCACAAACUGAUAAACAGUGAUGUCGCACUGCCAGAAGUUAUAAAAUCCGAGGAAGCGAGUGAUGCGAACAACAUCAGCGAGACGUUGAAGCUUGAGCUGGAUAACCAAAAAUCGUCAUCUUCAAGUGAAUCUAAAGUUGGAAAACUCCUGAGACUGCUCAGUUUUAAGAUAAAAAGUAACUCUAACAACAAUCGAGACGAGGAGGAGAAACAAAAACUGAUCCAAGAUCAAUUGACGGCAUCGUCUAAAAAGUUGGAAAUCAAUAACAACAGCAACAAUACUUCCAGUGAAGAUGAUAGAGCGAAGGAUGAUUUGGCCGAUGUAGCUAAGACUGAUGACGGCGACGAUUACGGUGAUGAUGUGUUCGGUGUUUUGAAUGAUAAAGAGGAAAAAGAGGUGAUGAAAUACUUGAUAGAGCAACUUAGUGCAAAAAAUAAAAACCGUUAA